AUGGCUUCUCUAUUCACACCAAUUCUUCACCUGAUUCCAUCACUCCUACUAACCCUAACACUCCUCCAACUACACCCAGUUCACUCCCAUUACUACUCUUCAACGUCGUCCCCCUAUUCUCCCGCUGCCGCAGCGCAAUCUGGGUGGAAGCCCGCCAGGGCCACCUACUACGCGGCUGCGGAUCCCCGCGAUGCGGUCGGUGGGGCUUGUGGGUAUGGUGAUCUGGAGAAGAGUGGUUAUGGGAAGGCCACUGCUGGGUUGAGUACAGUUCUGUUUGAAAAGGGUCAGAUCUGUGGCGCGUGUUACGAGGUAAGGUGCGUGGAGGAUCUACGGUGGUGUAUUCCGGGUACUUCUAUUAUUGUAACGGCGACUAAUUUUUGUGCUCCGAAUUAUGGGUUUGAGCCUGAUGGUGGUGGCAAGUGUAAUCCGCCAAAUGCCCAUUUUGUGUUGCCCAUUGAGGCUUUUGAGAAGAUUGCUAUUUGGAAGGCUUCCAAUAUGCCAAUCCAGUAUCGAAGAAUCAAGUGCAGAAAGGAAGGAGGCGUCCGGUUCACGAUCGGUGGUGCUGGGAUAUUCUUAUCAGUCCUAAUAAGCAAUGUUGCAGGUGCGGGAGACGUAACGGCAGUGAAAAUCAAGGGUUCAAGAACAGGAUGGCUUCCAAUGGGCAGAAAUUGGGGCCAAAACUGGCAUAUAAAUGCUGAUAUGAAGAAUCAACCCAUUUCAUUUGAGGUCACUAGUAGUGAUGGAUUGACUAUUACAUCUUACAAUGUUGCUUCAAAGAAUUGGAGUUUUGGACAGACUUUUGAAGGUAAGCAAUUUGAAUCUUGA